AUGGUCAACGAGUACAGCAAUGCUUUCUGGACGAAAUUCGACAUCAACGCGCUGACGAAGAGUGCGGAGGAGUUCGACAAGCUGGUGCGGCGGAUGCCCAAGGAGCAGAAGGAACUCGGGGAGCUCCAAACUUUCCAGAAGCUCGAGGAGGUCGUCACCUCCUUCAAGGCCGGCGUGCCGCUCAUCCAGCAGCUGAAGAGCGACGCCAUCCGGAAAGUGCACUGGGAGGAGCUCAUGCAGCUGGCGGGUGUCGAAACAGAAGACUUCGACAUCAAGAAGAUGACGUUGAACUCCGUCUUCGCAAUGCAGCUCCACCGCUAUCCCGACGAAGUGAACGAGCUGGUGGUGACGGCGCAGAAUGAGCUGAAGAUUGAGAGCGAGCUUGCGAAGAUCGACAGCACCUGGCGCAACAUGCCUCUGGGCCUGAAAGCGUACAAGGGCGAGCCGAACAACCCCCGAGGCUACGUCCUGCUCCCCAACGAGGAGAUGAAGCAGACCUUGGACGACCACGUCCUUACGCUGCAGUCCAUGAGCUCCUCGAAAUACGCCCUGAAGCUUCUGGAUACCAUCAAGCGCUGGGAGAAGAACCUGUCGGUGGUGAGUGAG